AUGGAGGACGGUGCGAAGAACAAGAAGACAGUUUUUGUUGGUGGGGUCGGCGAAGAAAUAGACGAGGCCGCGAUUUACGAGCAAUUUUCCACCUUUGGCGAUAUCAUUGAAGUUCAGCUGCCCUCUGCUGCGACCAAUCCCGCGUUACAAGCCGAGUCAAAGCAUCGAGGUUUCGCGUUUGUCACUUACUCCUCGGCCGCCGACGCUCAAGAUGCAAUCGACAACAUGGAUCUCAACGAGUUUCAUGGUAAAGUCAUCAAAGUCAACCUCGCAAGACCAAGCAAAGGCUUGACCCAGCAGCCCGAUGGAACUAGAGCCAUAUGGGAAAGUGAGCAAUACAUGCAGCUCUACGGUAACCAACCGGGCACACAAAACGGUGCCCGUGGCCGUAACACGGCUUCAAAUCAAGAACAAGAAACCCAGGGUGAAGACAUGGAAGAAUAA